UAUUAUUGUACUAUGGUUGCACCAAAGAUCAAAGGCUUCAGUUGUAGUUUAUACUACUUAUACAACCUGUCUGACCACAGCCAUGGUAUAUGGCUGUUAUACCCUAGUGUAUAACAGCCAUAUACCAUGGCUUGUGGUCAAACUACAUGUACAGCUAGAACUGAAUACAGUAUCCCACCUUUGCAACAAAAUUGACACACUGUUUCAAUUAAAACAAUGACACACUACUCAAUUCAAUCAAUAUUAGCAAUAUUAGAGCUAUAUAGAGAGACUCCAAUACAAAACAGACUACUAAUGAUUUUAGUCAACAUAAAAAGAGCCAAGUUCGAGCGAUGAAUAGUUCCAAAAAGGAGGCAAAUUUGGAAGAACUCCGUGAACCGAACGAUACUGGUUUGUUUGUGUUGCUUUUUUUCAACUUUCAACAUUGGUUGUCACAACCUGCUUAUUACAUUGCUGCAUGGGACCAGGAGCAUGGGUCCAGACUGCCAAGUGUUUCUCAGACUAAAGAGACUGCACUGCACUGGGCCAGUACAGUAGGCUUGUGGAAUGAUAUUUUCGGGUACAUUUGCACUCUUUGUAGACAAGUAGCACCAGUGUACUUUCUUGAAGUGCCUUCUAUAAAGAUGCAGAAACACAGCCUUCACAAUUGCUUGCUUGAAUCAUAGACGCUUGCUUGAAUCAGCCAUCGCUUUUUAAAAAGAUAGCAAAUUCAUUGCAUAGCUAUAGCAACAGUGACGUCAAACAGUAGUUAUAAGCAUAUUCAUUGAAGAAGCAUGACAGGAAGUAGCUAAACAUAGUAGUACAGUUCUAAACAUAGUACAAGCCAGUUAAACUAUGGCCUCUCGUGGUAUACCGUAUAGCGCGAAAUUUUCGAGGGGCUUAAUUUUCGUGGAUUUCGUGGGUUAGCAAUCCUACACGAAAAUUAAGUCCACGAAAAUCGUUCUUUACCUGCUAUAACGUGCAAGAUCUAAAGGCGUGGCUUCCGGUAAGCAGUCAUUCCGCGAACAUUGUGCAACGAAAUGGCUUUUAGAGGCCAAUCCACGAAAUAUAAGUGCCUCGAAAAUUUCGCGCUAUACGGUAUUUGCUUUACACGCUCGAGUAAUCAGAUAAACCAACUCGGCUGCGCCUCGUGGUUUAUCAGAUUACUCUCGCGUGUAAAUCAAAUAUACCACUCGAGGCCAUUGUUUAACUAUAACUUAUAUUUAUCAUAUUGAAAAAACACAUUUGAUAGAUUCUGAGAGUGAUCAACCCCAAAUGCUCUUAUUUUAUUGGUGACGAACGAAGAAAGCAAAUUGGAGUUGCCGUACUACUCAAGCAAUUCUUGAAAGGCUUAGACCUUAAGGAAAUACCGCACGAAGAGGAAAGUGGGAUUAGGAAAAAGCUUAGGAGACGUGCGAAUGUGAAGACAACUGGCACCCAGUAUUUUCUGGCCGAGAAGAAUGAAGGAACAAAAAUCACACGAGAGAAUGGUGUAGGCCAUUCCUGCAUGAUCGCUCCCCAUUCAGAUGUACCCCAGGAAUUUUUUGACAUCGUGGAGGCCAAAGUAGAAGAACAAGAGUUGGACUCUGUCGUCCUUACUCCACCCGACACUCCUGCACAUAUUAUUCGCAAACAGGACGUACACCAUCAUACGCCUCGCCGACCAGAAGCAGGCAACUCAUUCACCAUUAAUGAUGAGCAAGCAAGUUCUCUCCGGGUAGAAGAUACUCUAGAUUCUGACGUCCAGUCCAAACUCAUUGUUGAGCAAACGAGUCCUCUCCGGGUAAAGGAUACUCUAGAUUCUGACGCCCAGUCCAAACUCAUUGUUGAGCAAACGAGUCCUCUCCGGGUAAAGGAUACUCUAGAUUCUGACGCCCAGUCCAAACUCAUUGUUGAGCAAACGAGUCCUCUCCGGGUAAAGGAUACUCUAGAUUCUGACGCCCAGUCCAAACUCAUUGUUGAGCAAACGAGUCCUCUCCGGGUAAAGGAUACUCUAGAUUCUGAUGCCCAGUCCAAACUCAUUGUUGUUAAGCAAACGAGUCCUCUAGAUUCUGACGCCCAGUCCACCAAACUCAUUGUUGAUCAAACAAAUCCUCUCCGGGUAGAGGAUACUCUAGAUUCUGACACCCAGUCCAAACUCAUUGUGAAGCAAACCAGAGCAAAACGGUCAGCAAGAAGGAAGCGUGUACGACCACCUACAGAUCCCUUGGUACAAGCUGCAAACAAACUUCAAGGGUGUUUAACAAUUACAGCCUUGGAGGAUGAUCACCAGCCCAAGUCAAAAAGAAAACGCACUAAGAUUGACGAGUCGAGGUGCCAUGUAUGUAAAGAACCAUUUAUAGAUGGUCAAGAAGCCAAGUGGGUGGGGUGUGACUUUUGUCCAAGGUGGUUUCAUAAGAAAUGUAUAAAAGGGUACGUACUCAAAAGGAAAUGGAAAUGUUUUUUCAAGCAUUGACUAAUGAAACUUAAUAAUUCGAAAUACGACUGACUAUAUAUAAUUAUAUAUAUUAAUCUGUUUUGCGUUUCAGCAUGCGCAUGUGCAUGCAUUAUGUUGAUUUCAACUCUUUUUUCUGGCAGUAAAUCAUUUAAUCACAUCAUAAUUAUAUAUUCUUUAUUCAUGCGAUUAUCGAUUGAUCGUAAUGAAUAUAGCAAAGUCAGUGUAUUAUUAUAUACAUGUAGUGCUAAUAAAAUAUAAUUUUA